UCCCAUCCCCUCCCCUCCCCCCCCCCCACUGGGCCACCACUGGCUGGGCCACUGCCACCACUGCCACCACUGAUAUGGCCAUUAUUCCCCCACCAACCAACCAUCCGUUCUCGUCCGUCUCUCCCUCCAAACUGGCCGGCUUUUUUUAGCCCUUGCGCCGUCCGCCGCUGGUCUGCUUCUGCCGCUUGCUUCUGUUUCUUACUUCUUUCUUUUUCUUCUUCUUAUUCUUAUUCUUCUUCUUCUUCUUCUUCUACUUUUUACCUCUCUCCUCUCUCUCCUCUCUCUCCUCUUCUUAGCUCUGGUUCUCCUCCUCUGGUCCUUAUCUUCCCCUUCCCUCCCCUCUUGUUCCACCCACCAUCUAAAUGACGACGUGAAUUUUAUAAUAAUUAUUUUUUCCUUUCCUGUUUUCAUUUUCGUUGCACACCCAACGCUCGCUCUGGGUUCAACGGAAUUACGCUCGCUACCUUUUCUUGUGUCCUCAUUGUUCCUUUUACUUUGUUCGAAAUUAAUUUUUUUAAAAAAAGAGUGAGAAAAGAAGUUGGAAGACGAAGAGGAAAAAAAAGAGGAAACUCGACCUUAUUAAAACGAACUGGAUACAACAACUACGACUACAUAGCACGACAAAAUCAACAUCAACCGCAACCGCAACGACAAUAACAACAACCCCUCACUGCUCAAGUUUCUUUCGUUCGGACUCGAUCGGCUUCGCCUGUCUGACUGCCAUCUUGGAGUGUCGUUGGACAACAUAUCUCUCGCUCUGUGUGCCCGCUGUAUCACUGAACGUCGUGUGCGAAAACGCCCCCCCCCCCCCCGGCGGCGGAAGCAAUACGGGCCAUACCGUCAAACCACUUCUUGCGCCUAGAUUAUUUACCGGAAGCUGAGGGCAAGAAGGAAGAAGUUAGUGCUGAGACGACCAAAGCAGAAGCAGAAGCAGAAGCGAAAAGAAAAAAAGAAGAUCAACAGAGCCCUAUCUGACAGCUGCAUACGACACCGGAAUCUCUAACAGCGCCAAAGCAACAGUUCUUGUCCGUCAUCGACUUCCGUCUCACCAAGCCAUCAGCUCCUCCUUAGGUUCUAUUGGCUCUCAUUAUCCAGUUCCCUCUUCUUAAGGCUAUCAUAGAAACUUGCCGUGUCGGUCGUUUGCCUGUGGACUCUAACGGGAAGCAGGAGACGCAAUUAUCCCCCCCUCCCCACCUCAUCCGACGCCAAAGAAGAGAAAUUAAAUUUAACUAUUCUACCCGCCUGGAUUCUCUCUCAUAGAGGAAUAAUCGAUCGUUCUCCGCCAAUCAUCCAUCAAAAAUCUAUUACAACCAGGAAAACCUCCCUCUCCCGCGUCGGUUCUGCAUCGUUUUCUUCGGCAAGGUCAUUCUAUCCGUUUUAUAUAUACGCCAUUCAAAACUAUUGACAAUCUCAAUCCCCGUACCAAAAUCAACUUGCGGUCACAUGAUACCAGUAUUUUAAACGCUGCAGUUUAGUGAUAUUAUUAUUAUCUCCAUCAGUCUCCUCCGGCAUAUACUGGACGACUAGUUUGCUACUGUCUUGGAAAGAAGGAAGAGCAGGGAUCCCUGCUCCCUUUGUUUGUGAAUUCUGUUGAGCACCUAUAUCACCGCCAAUUUUGCCGUCUCUUUGAAAAUCUGAAAGAUUUUACCCUUGUAGCGGCACCGUUUUUAUUCGUUCUUUAGUCACUCGUUCAUCGCGCCAAUUGUUCUCUUUCUCAACUAUCGUUCAGCUUGCUUCAGCUUCCCGAAACUCGAACCAGCUAAGAGUGUUAAGAAACAGUCGGUAGUCUCCACGGACGGCUACGUUGUUAGCUCAAAUCUACCGGACCACCUUAUACCAAACGUACCAAAAAGACCAUCAAUAUUCGUUCUGUCUCAUCACUCUAGCUCGCCCAUUGUCCACAUCUCUUGCACUUAAAUAUCUGAGGAAUACAAAUUUACAAAUUCCUCAAGGUUCUUUCGCUAAAGUUCGUGAGCCUGUGGCAAGCACUGGGCUGCGUCUCACAUUUUAGAACCCACGGUUCUAUAUGCUGACUCGGAGUCUUUGUUUUACUUAUUUUUUUGAGGUUGACUAGCACUCCUCAUCUCGUCGCUCGUUUUUUGUCUCGGAGAACCGCCUGAGGAUCUCCACCAUUAUUUCUUUUACCGUCCUUUUUUGAGAUUUUUGAAUCUCGUCCACUCGCUUAUUUAAACAGUUUUCCCGCGUUGCAUGUAUUGCAACACCGUCACCCUGGCGUUCCCAAAGAGUCACUCUGCUCAACUGGAUCUGGAUUUCCAGACUCCAUUGAUCCUAGACGAAUCUUUCGACUUUUCCGAUCCUGAGGAAUCGAGAUUCGCUGGAGCCUUUUCAGACGGGCUUCUAGCCAAGUCUGGGGGAUUAUUUUCCAUGUCAGCUUACGAGAAAUCACCACAAGCCGAUUUCCUUGAUUAUGAUGCCACGCGGGCACUCCAUGACACGGCUGGAUUCUCCGCUUAUGCUCAGCCACCCUACGUAACACAUCUGUUUCCCUCCGCCCUGGAAAGCCACACCAUCCCGGACGACGAUAGUGUACAUUACGUGACCAAUGAAGGAUACUCCGGAUCUCAUUCCUUUGACUUGCCCCGCUCUCCUGUUUUGGACUUGGGUUCCCGUCAGCUGCCGGAAGUCGCAUCGUACACUCCACUUACUGGCCAUGAAGGAUCAAAGCUCUCUGUCUAUCUCCAGUGCCCGUACGACUUCCUCUCACCUGCUGCUCCGACUUCUGUCUCGUUUCUCUUUGGGUCGGAACGGUGCGAAUGUGUCGUUACUUCAUUAGGCUUCCUUAAAUCCAACUUUCAGUAUGUGUUGUCUGUUGACGUGCCGCCCUUUGCAGCUACAGGUUGUCCUUCACUCACAGUCCCUCUACAAAUGAUUAUGGAAGAGAGCGAGGGCCAAGGCGCCCAAGCCGUCCAUGUUGGUGUUUUUACUUACGACCAUAAUCCUCAGUCUGCGGUCUCCCCUGCCGGGACAUCGCGGAAGAGACGACUCUCUGACGCCUCAGACGAAACAUCAAGAUCUGCCCGAUCAGCGCCCGUGAAGCAGCUGCGGAUUAAGGAGCCUACAAAUACAUUCACAUACAGCGAAAGCCUCUCGGGAUCCCCAUAUUCUCCUUAUCUUCCAACUCCAACGACAGCAAAUGUCUAUCCAGCUCAAUACCAUCCAGUGUCUCCUCGGCCAUCUCUGCUACAAUACCCUGGAACUACAGGUACAUCGCAGCCCAUGAUCAAAGCUCCGUCUCCUCUAGCAUCAUCAUGGAGCCCUUCGUUCGCUACGGUCAAUAUAUCUGCUCGCAGCCCUGGGCUGUCCAUGACCCCUAAUUCUCAUUCCUCUUCGAUGCCGUCUCCUGUCAAAACUAUGAAUCCGAUUCUCAUUCGGACCUCUACCAUUCAGCAUUUGGCAGGCGCAGGCCCAAAUCAAGCAUUCAACCCCUACGCCAUGUAUCCUUCCAAAGCUGUUCUGAAGAUCGACGGCGAUCUGGAUUCCAUGACAGAGAAUUGGUCGCCAGAAGAGCGCACCUCCAAGAGAAGAUUGGUUCAUUUCACUAGACGCCAGAGUGGUAGCAUUAUCCAUGCUGAUUUCAAGGCGGUCGCACCGGCCGAUCGCGCCCCUAAUAGCAUCUGCAUUAGCUGCAUCUAUUGGGAUGGCAAGAAUGAGUGCUAUGUGACCAGCGUAGACACCAUCUACCUUCUUGAAUCGCUUGUUGGAGUCAGAUUCACAGUUGAGGAGAAGAAUCGCAUUCGGAGGAACCUGGAAGGUUUCCGUCCCUUGACAGUUUCCAAAGCGAAACCGGACAGCGAAGACUUUUUCAAAGUCAUCAUGGGCUUUCCGAAUCCGAAACCGCGCAAUAUCGAAAAGGAUGUAAAAGUUUUCCCCUGGAGGAUCCUUUCUCAUGCUCUCAAGAAGAUUAUUGGGAAAUACUCCGCAAGCUACUCGUCUACUGCGGGUGCUCUUACGGCGCCCAUUAGCUCAAAUUAUGUUGGCACCAGCAGCGCAUCAGAUGGCAGCGCAGAUCUUCAUGCCACAUCUCCACGAUCAAUUUCCGAAACGGGUGCCUCCAAUACAUAUGCUACCAACGUGUCCGCCAGCGGCAUAUCUCCCCAUUUCCACGCACCAAAAGCGGUUCUGGAUACUUCUCCAGUUCCUGGUGCAGUUGACCUUCGAUUAAUGGUAACCAACAACAGCCGCCAUUAUUCGAACCUACCGGCUCCGUACCCUUACCAGAAUAUAAACCACCACCAGCAGCCUCAGGCGGCCCCUACUGCACCUGGUAAUCGUGGUCCGUGGGACUUUGGCGCAUUCGUCAACUCCAGUCCAGGUACUACUGCUGCUCCCAACCAUUCGCUCAGUUAUGCGCGCCAGAGCCACCUUGGCCAUGUUAGCCAGGAUUAUGCGGCCCCGCCAGUAUAUUCGCUGGGCCAUCCAACCACCGGACCAUAGAGGUUCUGAGAAGAACUCUGUGGUGGCUACUAGCCAAUCGGGAUCCUGCAAUUGCCCUGCUACAGUUGGGUUGAAACCUCAGAUCCUCACUUGGCAAAUGCUUGGUCACUACCUGGAUUCUCUUGGCUAUGUUUUGAGUGACUUGUUCUCCGGGACAUACAUGGGUUCAGUCAUGCAACACAGUUUACCAAUGCUUUUUUUUUAUGCCACCGAUCAUUUUGCAUGGGCCACGCUCAAUGCCCUUGUCAUUUGUUCGAACAGAACUCUUGUUGCGUCGUAAUGCGUUAUGAUGUGCUCAUCCUUGCACUUUUCUCUCCUCUCACAACAUCCUGCUCGAUUCGCUCCUGAUCUUCCUAUCCUCCUUACACAACAUGAACACGACAGAAAACUUCGAUACAUCUCUCUAGGGAACCGACAUUUUCCCUCUCAACUACCUACCUACGCACGAACCCGUCACACUCCUCUUUUUCCGCCUUGUUCCAAGUAUUUCGAUUUUAUUUUCCUAAUUCAUUGCAUAGCCAGCCCAUGGGUAAAACGGAUUUGAUUUUUUUUUCGCCUCAAUUUUGUUUUUCUUUUCGAACUUCUCGGCGUCCCCAUCCAAUCAGCCACUCCUUUAAACCAUCCGAUGCAUAGCGACAUUUGUUUUUGAUCUUUUUUCAUCUUCAACGAUUUUCCUUUCUCGUCACUCCUUUAACGAACCCCAUUUUAGAACAACACGAGCGCGGCGUUUUUUGUGUGUGCGUUGUUUCAUUCAAGCUUUCGGCUUAUCCCUUCAUUUGUCCCUUUUUGUAUACGUUUUGUCACAUCUUGCUUCCCAGCGAAAGUUGACUAGGCGUAUAUAAGGGGAGAGGGGAUUGGGAAACAGAAGGAAACUCACGGCGGCGUUAUUUUUCUACAUUUCAUCUUUCAUUUCAUGUCGAUCCUUUACGACGAUUCCCGUACCCCGUUCUAGACAUUUUUAUAUUUUCGACGCACGCCGAACCACACCCCCCCUUUUCAAUACACAACUACUAACUACCAAUACCUACCUCUCUCACGCCUCCCCCCUUCUUCUACAUCCGCUACUUACCGCCUAUCAUACACGUCCCCCGCUCCCCACCUCCUCCCCCCCGCGGCUUGUGUCUCAUCAAUUCCGAAUUUUAAUGUCGGCUGCAACUCUCAAAUCAGGCUUGUUUUUGCUGCGGGUGAUUUUUUUUAUAUACUUGCCUCGCUCCGCCAAACAGGGCCAGCCAGACAUACCCACCCACACCUUCGAUCGGUUGCUAUACUUGCUUGUUCUUUUCUUUCCCCCUCUUCGCGUGCACAGCACUCAGGGUACGGGAAUCCCCUUCGAGCAUUUUUUUAUUUUAUUUUUAUUUUAUUUUUUCUGGUCUAUCCUUUCAUAUACAAUAAGCAUGCAUCACAGGUCACACUCCUUUGAAACCUAGCGCUAGGGCCAUAUUUUUUGACGAAUAUGCUUCCCUUGUUUUUUGUUAUGUUUUAUGCAUCGGGGAGGGAAUUGUUUUUUGUUGUUUUUUUGAACCUUUUGCUUGCAUAAAUAUUGCAUUGGGAUUUGGAUCUGGGACUCCUUUCUUGGUAUUUUUAACUAUUUUGUGUGUUUCUACUCUUUAAGGAAUUGGGCUUGGGAUAUGUUAUUUUUUGUUAUUUUUAUCUAUGUUGUCUUGUUUUUGUGUUGUCUUAUUUUGUUUUCUUUGUUCUCUUUAUGGCUGGACAAUGGGAUAUAUGUGCAGGAUGUUUUUGGUUUUUGUUUUCCUAGUUUCCUUUGAUUGUUUAGUCUAUCUAAUUUCAUAUUUUCCAUAAUCUAUGUUUUUUUUAUCUCGAUAUCUCCUAAUUCAUUUUUCUUUCAGUAACUUCUUUUCACUAUUUCCUUUUCACUAUCAGACUAACAUACAGAGUUCUAAAUUGCACACGGAUUAUUUAAUUGAUCAAUGAAUCUAAAAUGCUUCUUGUAUUUAUGCAUCUUCGAAGAUAAAUACUACUCUUGCGUAUUAUUUCAGAUAUAGUGAUUACUUUUUUAAAAAAUAAUGUAAGUUAUCAAAUGUUGCAACAUGACAUGACUGAC